AUCUUUCGUGAGUCAGACAGGCUGGGUUCUGCACCCUGGUUCCCCAAGAACACAGAGCUGAAUUUGCAUCUGUGCCAAGGAGAUUCGAAGGGUGACAUGAAGGGGAACAGAAAACAGAAGGAAAGAGGAAGAAAAUAUUUUCCAUUGGGGGAAAAGGGCAGGUUCUUGGUGUCUGGUGGGGAGACAAGGGCUGGGCUGGAUUCCUGUUCCCUCCAUUUUGGGUGACCAGACAGCAAAUGUGAAAAAUUGGGACGGGGGUGGGGGGGUAAUAGGAGCCUAUAUAAGAAAAAGACCCCAAAAUUGGGACUGUCCCUAUAAAAUCAGGACAUCCAGUCACCCUACCUCCACUCAAGGAGCUGGGGCUCAGUGCUCUGAGUGCCACCAUAGGGCUCGGCUCCUGGGAGGAGCUCCAUACAGUGACUUCUAUUGGCUCAGUACCCACGAGCAGGACCUUGACAAAUAAAUGUGUGUGAGACUGGGUAUAAUGCCCACAUCUACCAGGGGAUAAAUGCUCUCUCUGGCUCCCAGGGCCAGCCAAGCUGUGAUUGACACAGGACCUGAGGGACAAAGGCAUCUCUCAGGGCUUUUCUAAUUUAUCCUGGGGUGGUAAGUGAGCCCUAUGUGCCUCGAUUCCAUUGUCAGGACAUGGAGCAUGUAAGCGUGAGCCAGUGAACCACACAACUGGGCUCCAAUCCAGAAAGAGCCCUCCUGCACUCCUGUCAUGGAGGACAAGCUCAGUGGCCCUCAGAGGAACAGCACACAGGGGCGGCUCCAGGCCCCAGCACUCCAAGCCUGGGACCAGCGGACCCUCCGCAGGAAAGCCGCUGAAGGUUGCCUGCCUGCUGUGCUUGGGGCGGCAAAAUGCCUAGAGCCGCCCCUGACAGCACAGGAGAGCUCAGCCCCCGCCCUCACACACUGCUCGUCAGAGAUUCCCAGCCUGGCUCCUGUGUGUUGCAUUGGUCAGAACUGAGCCUGUAGUACUGGUGAUCAUUAGAGGACAAUGCAAUGUCUUUCUAUGAGGGAGAAGAAAGCAGAGAUCUGUCCUGAUUAAAGCUCUUCAUGUUGUGCCUUGGUGAACACAAAUUCCCCCUGUGGCAGGCUAGCCCUGCGUGGGGCACCCUCCAGUGUCAGGCUGCAGCACAACAAAUGGGCCUGCCUCAGUUUCCCCUUCCUUCCACCUACAAAUGGACCAUAUCUCUCAGUGUCUGACACAAAGCCUGCCUCCAGCCUUAAUUUAUUCAACUACACCAGAGCAGUGAUUCCCAAAAACCCUUGUAGUAAAACCAUUCUCCAAUUCCCAUUGUAAACAUAACAAGAUACAACAGGUUUUUCUGUUCCCCUCUCCAGGGAGAUCACCUGACGUCACCUGCCUAAGAGUCAAUAGCAGCAUUGUGUUGCCAGGUCCUUUUGCUCCUCAUGCAGGGCCCCACUCUCAAGGCUUCCCUGCCUGAGGAACGAGUCUCACAACUCCUUUAGUACACAGCCCCCAAGUCAGGUCCCCUGCAAGAGGGCUCCCCACAGCAUUCCCCUCCCCACACUUCCUUGCCUGUGUGUCCUACCCCAGCUCAGGGAUCCACCCUUCAGCAGCCAUCUUUCUUGCUUCCAGACUCAGCUUCCCUUGACCAAGAAGGAUCUUCCCCUUUUCUUGUGGGCCGCUCAUCAGCUCCCCCAGCUGUGGCCUGUUCUCACCAAUACUCCCAUUCCAGCUCUUGUGGGAACUCAGCUCUCUCUAUUGGGUCUCCUACUGCUCUCUCCCAAGCAACUGCUGCCAGCUCUUCUUUGCUGCAUCCUGUCUCUGAGUCUCAGACACCUCCUACUUCUGGCUCUUCUCAGGCUCUGACUCAUCCCAGCCAUAGCAUGAGGGGCACUAUGCCGGGAGGAGUCCUGUGCUGCUUUCUGCUGGGUUGUCUCUUUCAGGAGAGCUUUGGAAUCACCAGAAGAUACUACAUUGGUGCCGUGGAGACAGACUGGGACUAUGUGCACAGCAGCCUGCUCUCUGUGCUGCAGGCACCAGCUGGAGCUUCAGGGGUCCAAAGCCAAAAGUCACCUAUGUCUGGCAUUUUCACUCGGUACAAGAAGGCGGUGUUUGUGGAAUAUACUGAUUCCUCGUUCACGCAAACUAAGCCCAAACCAGCCUGGAUGGGUCUCCUGGGCCCCACCAUCCGAGCUGAAGUCUAUGACACGGUGGUUGUUACCUUUAAGAAUCUGGCUUCCCGCCCUUUCAGCCUCCAUGCUGUGGGUGUGACAUACUGGAAAGCAUCAGAGGGGGCAGGGUAUAAGGAUGAGACCAGCCAGGCUGAGAAAGAAGAUGACGAGGUGGGUCCUGGUAAGACUCACACAUAUGUCUGGGAAAUCCUAGAAGACCAAGGACCAACAGAGUUUGACUCGUCAUGUCUGACCUCCUCCUACUUCUCUUACACUGACAGCGUGAAGGACAUCAACUCUGGCUUGAUCGGAGCCCUGCUUGUCUGCAGGCCAGGAGCCCUGACCAAAGACGGAAUCCAGAGCAUGUUGCAAGAAUUCGUGCUGCUCUUCUCAGUGAUUGAUGAAGGGAAGAGCUGGUACCCAGAGCCCAACCACACAGGAACUCCUCGGCCCUUGGCUCAGCUGCAUGCUAUCAACGGCUAUAUCAACGGCUCUCUGCCCGAUCUCCAGUUGUGCCAGAAAAGACCAGUCUAUUGGCAUGUCAUUGGGCUGGGUACCGCCCCGGAAGUGCACUCUAUUUUCUUUGAGGGCCACACAUUCUUGGUGAGGAGCCACCGGCAUGCAACCUUAGAAAUCUCACCAGCCACCUUCCUCACAGCUCAGACCAUGCCCACCACCAGCGGCAGGUUCCUAAUGUUUUGUCAAAUCCCGGCCCACCAGCAAGCUGGCAUGGAAGCAUACAUCAGUGUGCAAGUCUGCCUGGAAGAGCCCAAGAAGAAGAUGAGGCUGGCCACAGAUGCACCAUAUGAAGACUAUUAUGAUGACAACUAUGAUCUGGACAACACUGUGAUUAUGUUUGAUGAGAGUGACUCUUCCCCCUCAAUUGGCGCACGUGCUUUCGCCAAGCAGGAGCCUAUGACCUGGACUCAUUACAUUGCAGCUGAGGAGGUGGAUUGGGACUAUGCCCCAAUAAUGCCCACUUAUCUGGACAGAAGUUACACAAGUCAGUUUCUGGAAGCUGGUCCUCAGCGAAUUGGUUCAAAGUAUAAGAAGGUGAUGUUUGUGGAAUAUGAGGAUGGGACCUUUAAGAAGCGCAAGGUAUCAGAUCAACGUGACACAGGAAUUCUGGGACCUGUCCUUAAAGGAGAAGUUGGGGACCAAUUUUUGAUUGUGUUCAAGAAUCUAGCAAGUCGGCCUUACAACAUCUACCCUCAUGGGCUCACCAGCAUAAGUUCCUAUCACCCAGUGAAGUCUUCUGAAGAUAAAGAUGUGAAGGAUAUACCUAUUGAGCCUGGCCAGUCAUUCAAGUACAGCUGGAAAGUGACAACUGAGGAUGGGCCGGCUGGCUCAGAUCCUCGCUGCCUGACCCAUUUCUACUACAGCUCCAUCAACCCAGUCCGAGACACGGCCUCGGGGCUAAUCGGCCCCCUCUUGAUCUGCUCUAAAGAAUCGAUGGAUCAGAGAGGGAAUCAGAUGAUGUCGGAUGAGACGAGGUUUGUGCUGUUUUCGGUCUUUGAUGAAAACCACAGCUGGUACCUGGCAGAAAAUAUACAGAGGUUCUGCACAGAUGCAGCUACUGUGAACCCCCAGGAUCCUGAUUUCUAUGCCUCAAAUGUUAUCCACAGUAUUAAUGGCUACGUCUUUGACAACCUGCAUCUGAAACUUUGCCUGCAUCAAGUGGUGUACUGGUAUGUCUUAAGUGUCGGUGCCCAGACAGACUUCCUGUCUGUUUUCUUCUCUGGAAACACCUUCAAACACAACAUGGUCUUUAAGGACACGCUCACCCUCUUUCCACUUUCUGGAGAAACCGUCUUCAUGAGCAUGGAAAAGUCAGGCAUAUGGAUGCUGGCAUGCCUAAAUCCUGACUUCAGAGACAGAGGAAUGUGGGCAAAGUUCACAGUCUCCAAGUGCAACACUGAUCCAGAACUGUAUUCCUAUGGGGAAGAUUAUGAGUUGAUACCGGAUUACUUGACAAAUGAGGGCAAUGGCCUUCAACCUAGGGGCUUCCCCAAGAAUAAAAGAUGGCGCAGGCUGUGUCUGAGAAAGCAUCGUAAUGUCACUUCUUCUGAAAAGGAAACAGAGAUGCUCAACCCCCAGCUAACAGCCUGCUUGAGAAAACCCAGCCAGCCCCUCAAAUUCAAUAACAGACUUCAAAACAGCAGGAAGAAUUCCACGGACCCCUCUUCCAACAGCACAUCAGUGGUGUCCGAUCUACAUGGCCUUUCCCUAUCUUCUCAAACAGAGACUAGCUUUGAGCCAGUAUCUUAUGAUUCCCUCUCAGAAGAGGCAGGAUUGUCAGAAAUGAUUAGCCCUGACCAAGGAUUUGGACACCCUUCUUCUGAAGGAAACUCAACAAGCUUAAGUGAAGUGGUCCAUCAUAACACAAGUUCAGCAAGAGCUGCAGCAGCUGGCUCAUAUCCAGAAGGAGAUACUCUCUUCUUUGGAAAGCAUAGACCAAUUCAAGCUGUAGAGAUGGCUAAAGAGAAUUUAGAGCUGCACAAGUCAGUAGACAAUGUGAUGUUCCAACUAACUGCUCCAUUAACCAACUUAGAAAAAAUUCUUAAAGGAAAUGUUACUUUGGCACAAUUAAAAGAAUCAGCACAUGUGAUGGGCCAUCAGGAACCUUCUUUUAAUGCUGAAGAAACUGGUCUUCAAGGGAAUGAUAGUUCACUGCAACUGAAUGUCUCAAAACAUGAUUCUAGGUUUCAAGAAAGGAUUCCAUUACAUGAUGAAAUGCCUCUAGAAUUCAAGAUUACAUCUUUAAAGACACACAUACCACUGAAUGAUACAAUAGCUACAGAAAUGACUUCAUCAACUAAUGAUAACACUUUCCUUAAAGGGAAUAGUACUUCAACAUCAUUAGACAAGUCAGCAGAUAACACAAGUAUACAUGUCAUCACCUAUGUGAACAGUGAGAAAGCAUUUAUUAAAAGCAAUGGUGCACCGAUACAACUGGACACUAGGUUAGAAAAUGACACCAGGCUUCAAAAAGAGGCUUCACUGGGUCCUUAUGAAACUUCUCAAGAAGGAAAGUUAAAUAGCCCAGCACAUGGUACCAUGCUUCAGGAGAACACAUCAGCUACAAAUGGAGAAGUAUUCUUUGAAAAGACUGUAGAGAAGUCUUCAAAUGAUACAGGAAUUCAAAGGACCCCUGCACCACAUCAGAAAGAUCUUCUCCUUGGUAGGACUAACAUUGUGCUGUUAGAUACCUAUGAUACAGCAGAUCUGAGCCUUGCAGAAAACCGUCCAUUGGACCAUGAAUCAGGACAGGAUAAAUCUCGUGAUAGUCUGGGUCUUUCAAAUGUAGAACACUCCUUGUCUGCAGAAAGUAGCAUCAGGCUAGCCCCAGAUAAACUUACCAACAGUACAAGCCUUCUAAAAAAACCAUUUCUGGUCCGCAAUGACAUUUUUGCCACCAGUUAUGUUACUACACAAGAAAGCGAUGAAUUAAUACUGGGGACAAAGUUUCAAGAAGCUACAGAAAGCAAGGAAAUGUCUGAAAUGGAGAAUGUUGACUUACUCAAAUUAAAUGUUAUGGCCAAUGAGAGGAAGCUUGAAAAGGCCCCUCUACAAAGCAGCAAGGACACAUUUCUGAAACACAAGGUUACUGCGCUAAGUUUAGAUGGGCCAAAAAAUGAAAACAACAGCUUAUUAGAUAAUGAGGAAGUUUAUCUCAACAGGAAAGUGCCUCCAGCAGAGCUAGUGGACUUGAUAAAUGAUACAGGUCUCCUGGAGGCCAGUUCAUCAGACAAAGAAGGAACACUCCAUAAAGGUAAGAGAAUGGAGUUGGACUCGGACAGCCAGACCCCUGGAAAGCUAGUGCAAAGGACAGCUGACAAGCCCUGUGACCAGAACUCUCAGGGAUGCAGCAUUCAUGUAAAAAAGAGGUCCCUGGAAUCACAUGGAACUUCACUGGAAGAAACAGAGGUGCAACAAGGACUGGAGGAUAAAGCCAGAGCAUUGAAGGGAAGGCAUAACUCUGGCAAACAUACAGGAGGAAUCGGAGCUAUGCUCAGAGGCACUAUCAAGAUAAGUGACAACGACAGAGCAAACCCCCUUGCUGCUAGGCCACUCUUGGUAGACACAACAGCAAGAGAUCAUGGAGCAACUGGCACUGAUAACCCCACAGGAUAUAUCAGGAGUGUGUCAGCUUCUCUUCAACACCAUGCCAGCAGUCAUGAGCCACCAGCAGUAGAGGGACACUAUGACAACCAAGGUGAAAGUGAUACAACUCAGAGAAGAGGUAACUCCUUUCUCAAGGUGGAAGAGUCAGAGGAGGAGAAAACUAGUGCUACCUCUGCCUAUUCAAGUGAGAAAACUACCAAAGAGGGACAGGAGGUAGGAACUGAGGCAGACACAAAGCCCACUGCAUCUGCAGGAGAGCACACAACGAGUAUGGUCCCCAUCUCAACACAGGUUGUGGGGCAAAUGAGUGGAAUUGAGACACCUGCAGUAACUGCAAUGCAGCAUAAAAGGGGUGUUGAUUGGGAGGCACGUUUGAGCUUGCAGCCCAAGGGAAAUGUGACCGAUGGGGAAGUGAGCACCUUGGACCAGCAGGAGCUGAAGAAAACGUGGAUCUUUGGUAAACUGCAGCGGGAGCUCAAAUCUAGUGCUGUUAAGGACCAAGUAUUAGGAACUGAAUCUAAGGAUUUUCCAGCAAGCAAAGAGGCCUCAGAGAUCCUGACAAAACAGGCCUCCAAAGGAAACUAUCCAUUUCCCCAAGAUGGCAUGGCUCUCAAUCAGACCCUUAAAGGGGACCAAUGGAAGCUGAAGCACAGCCACCAAGAAAAUCAAGUGUUUAAAAAGGAAGAUGCCAUUCCCCUGUCAGGUAGUAAAAUACAGACACCAGAAUGGAAGAAGGAGGUGCAGGAGGUAGAUGGGACACAGAGCAGCAGGGAAAGCAUCAGCAAAGCAAAGAACAGGAGCUCGACUCCUGGAUCCGAGGAAUAUUUUGACACCCCUAGAGAACCCAAUGCCCUAAACAACAUGGUCAAGUCCAACAUCUCAAUGCCCCAGAAGGAAAAAUCAGACUAUGAUGACUACAGCAAACCUGAAAGAGACACUGACGAGUUUGACAUCUAUGGGGAGGAGGACCAAGAUCUGCGCACCUUCACUGGGAGGGUCCAGCAGUAUUUCAUUGCAGCUGUCGAAGUGCUGUGGGAAUAUGAGAGCCAGAGACCCCAACACUUUCUAAAAGUUAACGGCCCCAGUAGGGGCUGGAGAAAGCCCUUCCAGCGGUACAAGAAAGUGGUUUUCCGAGGGUACCUGGACAACUCUUUCACCCAGCCGCUGGCACGUGGGGAGCUGGACGAGCACUUGGGAAUCCUGGGGCCAUACAUCAGGGCAGAAGUUGAUGAUGUCAUAAUGGUUAGCUUCAAGAACCUAGCUUCCCGGCCUUACUCCUUCCAUUCCAACCUCUCGCCCUACCAAGGAGGCCUGGGGGAAAACAACACACCCAGCCAGGAAGCAGUGCAGCCCGGCGAACUCCGCGAGUACUCCUGGAAGGUGCUGCCCCAGAUGGCACCCACUGUCAAUGAGUUUGACUGCAAGGCUUGGGCUUACUUCUCCAGCGUUAACCUGGAGAAGGAUCUGCACUCUGGCCUGGUUGGGCCGCUGCUUAUCUGCCGCCCUGGCAUCUUGAGCCCUGCCUUCAGGAGGCAGCUGGAGGUGCAGGAGUUCUCGCUGCUCUUCACUAUCUUCGAUGAGACCAAAAGCUGGUAUCUCGCCGAGAACAUGGAGAGGAACUGCCCACCCCUCUGCCAGAGCCAGCCGGAUGAUCCUGAUUUUAGAAGGACCAGCUACUUCCAUGCUAUCAAUGGUUACGUGAUGGACGCACUGCCUGGGCUGGUGAUGGCUCAGCACCAAAGGGUGCGAUGGUACCUGCUGAAUGUGGGCGGCACUGAGGACAUCCACUCGGUCUAUUUUCAUGGGCAACAGUUUGCCAUCAGGACGAACCACGAAUAUCGAAUGGGAGUCUACAACCUCUAUCCUGGUGUCUUUGAGACGGUGGAAAUGCGCCCCUCCCACCCGGGAAUCUGGCGGGUGGAGUGUGAGGUUGGAGAGCACCGGCAGGCUGGAAUGAGCGCCCUGUUCCUUGUGUAUGACCUGAAGUGCCAGAACCCCCUUGGCCUGGCUUCCGGGAACAUUGCAGAUGCUCAGAUCACAGCAUCGGGGCAGUACGGUCAAUGGGCGCCUAGGCUGGCCCGGUUAGAUUAUUCAGGGUCUGUCAAUGCUUGGAGCACUGACAGCGGCAACUCCUGGAUUCAGGUGGAUCUGCUGCGUCCCAUGAUUCUUCAUGGCAUAAAGACCCAGGGGGCCCGGCAAAAGCUCUCCAGCCUCUACAUCUCCCAGUUCGUCAUCUUCUAUGGCCUUGAUGGGGAGAGGUGGAAGAGAUACAAGGGGAACACCACCAGCUCCCAGAUGGUGUUCUUUGGGAAUGUGGAUGCAACAGAGGUGAAAGAUAAUCGUUUCAACCCCCCAAUCAUAGCCCGGUAUAUCCGCCUCCACCCCACACACUACAGCAUUCGGACCACUCUGCGCAUGGAACUCAUUGGCUGUGAUCUGAACAGCUGCUCCAUGCCCUUAGGAAUGGAGAACAAACGUAUCUCCAACCAGCAGAUCUCCGCCUCCUCCUACAGUGAGAACAUGUUCUCCAGCUGGGCUCCCUCCCAAGCCCGACUUAACCUGCAGGAGAGGACUAAUGCCUGGAAGCCAAAGGUGAACAGCCCCAAUGAGUGGCUGCAGGUGGACUUUGAGAAGAUCAUGAGGGUCACUGGAAUUGUAACCCAAGGCGCCAAAGCCAUCUUCAGUAACAUGUUCGUGAAGGAGUUUGCUGUCUCUAGCAGCCAGGAUGGCUUGCGCUGGACUCCAGUUCUCCAGGAUGGUGAGGAGAAGAUCUUCCAGGGCAACCAAAAUCACUUCAGCACCGUGGUGAACUCCCUGGAUCCUCCGCUCUUUGCCCGGUAUCUAAGGAUACACCCCCGCAGGUGGCAAAACCACAUUGCCUUGAGGACGGAGUUCUUAGGCUGUGACACCCAGCAAACAUACUGAUGUGCUGACAGCUUUGUAUUAAAGGACCUAGCUUUGGCUGGACGCUGAACCAUCACCAAGCCUGGAGUGACCCAAAGAGGAAGAUCUUCAAAACCCAUAUGAAGGGCCACAUUUACUGCAGGUCUAAGCAGAAGCAGCACCAUUCACUUCAGUGGAGUUUCAUGCAUUUACACUAGCUGGGUUGGGAAUGUGGCACAGAGCACUCCAAGUGGUCAGAAGAAAGGAUCCUGCAAAGGUUUAUGGGUUGCCUGCCCUUCCCCGUCUUUCUCUUUCUCAUAUACUGUGUGUCAUAUAGUCAGAACAUAGCACUAAAUAAUUAAACUGUAAUUUUCCAGGAAACAUCUGCCGCCACCCCCACCUCUCUUCCCCAGGCUCAGCCAGCCUUGAAAUCCCCAUGGGGUUUAGCGUCAGCAUUCACAGCAGCUAAUAAUUAAUUAGCCACUGAGAUCUGCUUCAUUAUUUUCCCCCAUAAACUGUCAGUGACCUGGCCCUGGCCCCAGCAUGAGCGAUUGAGGGCGUGGUCUGGAGGGAGAGAUAAGAACGUCGCCCAAGGGCCACAUUUUGCAAUCAGCUGGGGUUCAGUGCACCCAGCGGCCCCUGCCAGAGUCCAGGCUGGGGCUGUGCUAGCUAGGCAGAAUGCCUGAAGCCAGCGGCCAUGCAGCCUGACUCAGGGCUGUGGGAUUUGCCCCACAUGCCCUUUUGUUUCCCUUCCUUUGCUGAGUCAAUAGUGCUCCUGUCAUGGCCCAGUGCCACCAUUCUGUCUUCUGCAAGUUGCUCUCUUGUUGGCAGUCAUCUCCUGGAGCAAACCCUCCUCCGCCUGGGGCUUUCUCCCUUUCUGUGCUCACGGUAGCCUGCUGUGGGACUUUGGCCCCUCAUGCGCUGAUACCACGAAGAGUGCAGCCCAGGCAGGCUCUCAGAUUGUCACAAACAAGGAUACUUCCUGUCGCACACACGUACCCACCCCCGCCCAGAUGCACUGUCAGGCCAGAGGCCAUUGGAGAUUUCCAUUCAGUUGGGGCAUUUUACAGUAAGGCCAUCUAGCCCACAUUGCUUCUUCAUACUAACCACCGAACGUUAGGGGAAUCUGGAGUGGGAGCUGGAUUUGGCUGUUAUGCUCUUUCUCUGCUUUGGCUGAACCCAGUGGCUGCUUUCCCAUUAACUUUAGGUAGACUGGGCCUGGAUCCAAACUGUGUGACUUGGGCCCAUCUUGGCUUAUGCUAGUGUCUGCUGCCAGCAUAUUAGAAACAACAGUGCUUGGAGCUCUAUGAUUAGACUAGACUGCCAGGCUGUGAUCCAGUCCCUUUCCCAGCCUGCACUAUACACACUGGCCACACACUGUGUAGAAUCCAAACUCGCCGCUUCCUGAGGGUUGGUUUUAUUAACAAGGCCACAAUAAGAUAACGUUCAGCUCAGACCGUCUCCCCUGGCUUGGCUGCUCCUAAGGCUCCUCCCUCUUGACUGCUCAGCCUACACCCCAGAUCCUCAGUCCCCGGAGGGCCCCUCCUACCUCCCUUAUAGCCAAGUGGGAUAAUGAGUUACCUGACUUGGAGACUCAGCAGAACACAAUUAACUCUUUCCCAGCAGGGUCACCAGGGUGGAGUCUUUCAGUCAAACACUGCUAGCCUGUGACAGGCACAGAGACAGACUGACCCCCACCUCUGGAACACAGCCAGGAAAAGAGCAGGCAUGGACCCCUCAGUAUUAUGGUCCUGGUGUGGUUAUAGUUAGGUUCCAGUGUUUUCAGAUGGGUGCCCACCUACAAUGACCUUUUCACUUCUCCCCCCCCCCAGCUCAUUUUUCCUGGAUUUUACAACUACCAAAUCCCCAAACUGUGCAGACAUUGUUUUAACUGAACCGAACAAAAAUAAAAAUGAUCUUACUGAGGUAAUCCUAAUAAAGGCCAGACUCCAGCCAGAUGGCACUGUGCUUGCUUUCAGGGCUUGUGACCAAGCCAAGCACUCACUACUGGAAGCCAGUGCCAGCAAUGCAGACCACAUAAAAGCUCUCACCCCUAGGUAAAGUUUAGCAGCAAAAUAUUUUUAGUCACCAAUCUACUUGGAGUGGAAAUAUGGAAGCAGAGGGAUCCUCUGAUGAGGAUGCUGACGCUGAAUUUGCUUCAUGGGACCUUCAUUGACUGAUCCCAGACAACCCCAUUUCGUCUCAUACCAGGGUUGAUUCAGGGGUUAGACAGUGCACAUUUCUGCUCAGCUCCAAUGGGCAUUCAGAGCGCGCUACACUAGAACUAGUCAGAAAAUCAUUUUUUCCCCACUCCGAAAAAUGUCAAAAAAUGUGGGUUUUUGUUUGAAAAUUUUCUUUGCAGUUUUUUUAGAUUUUUUGUUGAAAAACUAAAAACUGGGGAGGGGGGAGCAGGAGAGAAAUCACAAAAACGGAAACAAGUUCCUUUACGCCAACAAAAGCCCAAUCAUUUUUUACAAAAGUGGACUUUUGUUUUUGGUGAAAAUAUCUGUUUCACCGAGAAGCCUAAAAAGACUUCCCUCCCCUUUAAACUACCAUCCAGCUGUGAGGCCCCAGGUUUGUCGCAUUCCGGCAGGUCAGAGCGUGAAACGUUUAGAGAGUCUGGCAGAGGAUAGAGGCUGCAGCAAUAGGAACAUGGGGAACAUAUCAGUUAGUGAGAUUAGAUGAGCUAAUGUUGAGGCAUUGGGGAGGGAAGUGGGUCCCUCUCUCAAAAAGUGAUCCACUGGGUGGAAAAGCUGGAGAGCACCUGACCUCCCUUAACUAAACCCAGUGAAGAUGGUUCACCAGCUAAGCUUCCAUAGUCAGCCUGCUCUUUGGGGAUCACUGCCAACUCUGUCCAGUUGCCAAGGAUUCAGGGGGAAGGUGGUGCAGGGGUGAGAGUACAGGGCAGCGAGAUGGAGGGGGAGCUCCCUCCCCUCUCCCUGGCUUGGUAAAGCACACAGCUCCCUUGCUGUCCCCCUCCUCUCUCUGGCUUGGAGCUCCCUGUUGCAUUAGGUCUCAGGCUGACCCUUUGGGUGAGAGUGGGCGCCUGGCUCACCUCUUACAUAGUUCUCUGGUGCGGUUCUGAGGUGCUCCCUUCCAUUGGUGCCGUGUAAGCAGGCCUGCCCCCUGCCAGGGGAUGGCAGGCAGGCCAGACAAAAGAAAACUAGUUCCACGGCCCUUGCCUCAUGCAUGGGAGAGGGGAGCAGGCUUUCAGCGCUGCAGGCUGUUGCGGCUCCCACUCUUCUGGGUGGCUAAAUAGGGUCUCAACAGCAAUAACAGCCCAGACGGCUGAGGCGAGUGGUGCACACCAUGCUCCAGCUACUACCAACACAGUGCCCCGUCUGGUUUGGGUGGCACCCAGUUCCCUGCGUUCCUCCCUUUUAUAGAACCCUUGGCAGGGUCAGACAAGCCUGGGUAGGGGCUGGUCCUUAACCCCCUCUUGACUGGUGUGUGUGGAGGGUCAACUCAACUCCCUCCCCCCACAGCUGAAUAGUGAUGUGAGAGCUCCCCGUUUUGUUUCAAUCUACUUUAACCAAGGCAGGUGUUGGGAAAGGGGGGUGAUGUCAUAAAAGCAGCAGGGUUCCACAUGACAGCUUUAGAACCCAGAAUGGGAGACUCCAAGAUCAGAUGUGAUCAGGGGUGUGUGUGUGUGCACGCGUGUGCAUGAGCACAUGCACAUGUCCUCUGGGGCUGUCACUCUGCAAUUUGGCCAUCAUCUGGAACCAGAACCCUGAUUUGUUCCCCAGGGGCUCGGCCUCACUGCCCUAGGGCUGCCACUGACAUUUUCAGUCUUCUUGUGGUCAAAGAAUGCCUAAAGAUCAAGACUAGGGCCCGGCAAGCGUGUGAGAGGCCAGGUGGAACCAGGUGAGGCGAAUCCAGCCCUGUGAGAAGUCCCCUGGCAGGAAGAAGCCAUGGCACUGCUGUUGCACAAGGCUGCGUAUCCUCUGCUAGUCCAGCUGAUUGCCUCUGCCUCCUGCUACCAGUCCACCUCCAAGCCUGAGGUCAUCUCCCACCCACCCAGGCACCUCUUCAGGAUCAGAGAGCGGGGAGCCCAGAAACCAGUCCCAGGAAGACUUCUGACUUGGCAGGAGAAGGGGAAAGUUUACCCCUUUGCUGUGGGAGAGAGAGGAGUGUCAGGCCAGGAAAUCCAACGAGUCCGCAGGUCCUGGCUGGCAGACUACAUGGACGAUCUCUGGACCCAUAUCCGUGGGUCCUUCCCCCGGGCAGCUCUGUACAUCUUCCCCCUUGCCUUGGGGAUCAUGCUCCUUCUCUGUUGCAUCACGGUUCUUUUGGACUGAAGAGACCAGAGGAACUUCCAGACAUGCCCAUGUCCUCUCAGUCCAGCGAUGAGAUGCCAGUUGGGCUGAGGCGCACAUGGCUCCACUGAAGGAAGCUUCCCCAGGAAGUUCUAGGUGUUUGUGUUCCACAAAUAGGAGAUCAGCAUGUGCUGUUACUUAUUUCCUUUUCACAUUGGUGGUUUUAUCUUAAUGAAAAACAUUCUCCCAACACCCAAAUUGAAUUUCAUAUUUUCAAAUAAUUCUUAGGGCUUGUCUACAUAGGGACACUCAGAAAAGCUAAUCUGAUGAGGGUAUGUCUACACUAAGGACACUAUACUGGCAUAGCUACAUCACUGUACCUAUGCCAGUAUAACCUCACAGUGUAGACACAGCCCACACUGACAGAAGGGGUUUUUCAGUCAGAGUCAGAACACCACCUCCCCAAACAAGGG